CUACAUUUCGCAUCUCUAUCUUGUAUACGUACCGUCGUCGAUCAAUCCGACGAUCUCAAUCUCAAUUCUUCUCAAUCUAUAACAAGGAAACGAUAUAUCAGAGUCACGAACUCACGAUCGACUCGCAAUGGCUGCUCUGAAGAUUGCCGCCGUGUGCGUGCUGCUCCUGUUUGUCGGCUCAGACCUGGCGCGCUGCGUUGCGUCGUCAGCAUCCCCCGGUGACGAGGACCAGGCCGCGGCCGGCGCGCUCCUGCUGCGGGAGUUCCUGGAGCUCGAGCUGAGCCUUCUUGCCGAACAGCACGGCGGCGUUGGCGAGUUCUGCCCGCCCGCGUGCCAGAACUGCCUCAUAAUCUGCGGGAUCACCUGUGUGCUCAACCCCAAUCCGGCCACCUGCUUCGUCAACUGCACCACCGCCAACGGUUGCUUCAGCAAGACACUGCCGGUCGUCGCAUAAGCCUGCAUCUGCAUUGCAUGCUUUGGUACAAUGUGUGUUGCUAUACAAGAUUACAAUAAGAACCUGCUGGAGGCACCAGGUUGGCGGCCGAGUCCGGGGCUGGACGGACGUACGGCUCUUGGGAAAUGUAUGUAGUCGAUCGGUGACCGUCGUCGUCCUGAUGGUUACAGCGGAUGUGAAUGCGAGUAUGUAUGUGCAUAUAAAUGAAUGUAAUGUGUUGUAAAUGUGCUAAUUUGUGUCCUCGUUUUUGUAACUGUAUAAUCUGUACGACAGUAACAGUAAGCUGUUUAUGCGGCUACUCUUAACGAUGUAUACUGCUACGAAUA